AUGUCUCAAGAAAUUUGCAUUCUACCAUUUUUCGGACAAGGCCAUCUUUUACCAUGCUUCCAACUAUGUAACCAUUUAACUUCCUCAAACUUCCACGUCACUCUUCUCAUUUCCUCCACCCUUUCCACCUCCGUUCCCUCUUCUCUCCAUCAACACCCUCUCUUUCAAAUCACCCUAAUCCCAUCACCACCUCCUUCUCCGGAAUACCACCACGAGCUUGCUAAAGGCCUCCAAAAUAUCCUCUCUAACUACCAUCAUCCAAGCCUACCAGUUUGUGCAAUUGUCGAUGCCAUGAUGAGCUGGUCAAUCGAUGUCUUCAAAGAGUUUAAAAUUCCAACGGUGGCGUUCUUCACCUCCGGCGCAUGCUCCUCUGCUAUGGAACUUGCGGUAUGGAAAGCCCAGCCGUUAGACUUGAAACCCGGCGAAAUCCGUUUUCUCCCCGGUUUACCAGAUGAUAUGGCACUUAGCCACUCGGAUCUAAGACGCCGUCGUCACGUUCCUCCUCCUCCUCCUCAUCCGCAGCACGGCUUUCCUCCACCUUCACAGCACGGCUUUCUUCCGCCUCCCCCUGGAAAGAGGGGCCCACCUAAAGUUGGAGAACAGCCACCGUGGCUGAACGAGACUCAAAAAGCAACAGCGUUGUUGAUCAACACGUGUGAUGAUCUGGAGCGUCCAUUUAUCAACUACAUGGCAAACUACGUCGGAAAACCAGUGUGGGGUGUUGGACCGCUUUUGCCGGAGCAGUAUUGGAAAUCCUCCGGUUCAGUUCUCCACGACAGUGAUUUCCGGUCGAACCGGUUAUCCAGCGUGACCGAGAACGAAGUGAACCAGUGGUUAGAUUCAAAGCCUCGUGGAUCAGUUUUAUACGUGUCAUUCGGUUCUGAGGUGGGACCCACAGUAGAAGAAUACGCGGAACUGGCACAAGCAAUGGAGUCAUGUGAACAACCGUUUAUAUGGGUAAUCCAAUCCGGUUCAGGUAGACCGGGUCCAGGCAAACCGGAAGCAGAAGAAGGGUAUUUUCCUCAUGGAUUGGAUAAAAAAGUUGGGAAUAGAGGUUUGAUAAUACGCGGCUGGGCGCCACAGCUGUUGAUACUGAGUCACAAAUCAACGGGUGGAUUUUUAUCUCAUUGUGGAUGGAAUUCGACACUGGAGGCUAUUGGCCGUGGGAUUCCGAUGUUGGCAUGGCCUAUAAGGGGUGACCAACACCAUGAUGCUAAGUUGGUUGUGAGUCAUCUUAAGGUGGGUUACAUGGUUUCUGAGGAUCUAUCAAAAGAUGUGACCAAAGAUGAUAUAGUUAUGGGAAUAAAGAGGUUGAUGGAUGAUGGAGAAAUGAAGAAGAAUGCUGAAGUUCUUAGUGAGAAGUUUCGGAAUAGGUUUCCAAGAAGUUCGGCGGAUGCUUUAGAUGAUUUUAAGGAUUGUAUUAAUAGGAGAUUUGUUUAG